AUUCGGGAGACGUGGCGCAGCUUGUAAGCUGUAUGGUGUACACGUGUAUUGUAUCCAGUCUCCACGUAUUAGAAUUAGUAAUAUUAAUCUACGCUUCUUCACCGAUCGAUAACAUUUAAUUACACCACGAGAGAGAGGAAUGGCAUCAAACCUGCAGCCUGCGUUUGCAUACACGGUUGUGUACGUGAAAGAUGUGGCCAAAUCUGUCGAAUUCUACGGCAAGGCCUUCGGCUACAACGUCCGCCGCCUAGACGCUUCUCACCGAUGGGGGGAACUUGAGACUGGGACGACCACGAUAGCAUUCACGCCGGCAAAGCAGCAUGAGACGGACGACCUCACCGGGAGCGUCAAGAACCGCCAGAGGAAUUCUGUUGAGGUUUGCUUUGAUUACGCCGACGUUGAUGCCGCCUUUAAGAGAGCGGUGGAGAAUGGGGCGGAGGCGGUGGCGAAGCCGGAGGAGAAAGAGUGGGGCCAGAAAGUGGGGUACGUCAAAGAUAUUGAUGGUAUCGUCGUCAGGUUGGGAAGCCACGUUCGAUCAUCCUAAUUUCUUCAUUAAAUGUUAAUCAUAUCCGACUCCUUUGUUGUAUAAAUUUCUUUAAUUACUGUUA